AUGACAGAUAUACCGAAGUCAAUGGCAGUGCAACGGGCGAACAACAACAACAACAACAACAGCGAGUGGAUCGAUGUUAUUGUGGGGUGCACAACAGGCGGUGUGCUCUGUGGGGUGUACCUGACAGAAGUCCGUCUUCCCCGUGCGUCAGCUGCCCACGGCCUCGCGCCCGGUGCAUAUCCGUUCGACGCGAGUGCAAUCGAUCGCACGCGUCUACGCAUCACAUACUAA